AUGCAAAAGAUACUCAAGAACGGUCAUGCAGAGAGGGCUCCUCCGUUACAACCAGAGGAGGAAUGUUGGUUUCUGCCGAUCUUUGCGGUUUACCAUCCCCAGAAGCCAGGUCAGGCACGCGUGGUAUUUGACUCCUCAGCUAAAUUUAAUGGCCUUUCGUUAAAUGACGUUCUAUUGACUGGACCGGAUCUGGUUAACAGUCUACUUGGGGUCUUGAUGCGAUUCAGAAGAGAACCCGUAGCCAUACUCGCAGACAUCCAGCAAAUGUUCUUUUGUUUCCGUGUUGAGCCGAAACAUCGAAAUUUUCUUCGUUUUCUGUGGCACGAGGACUGUGAUUUGAACAAGCCACUGGUACAAUUUCGAAUGUGUGUACAUGUGUUCGGGAACCGGCCUUCGCCUGCCGUUGUCACUUAUGGCUUACGACUUUGCAUUCAAGGCGCGGAUCCGAAAGUAGUUGAGUACAUCGACAAGGAUUUUUACGUGGAUGACGGACUUGCAUCGCUUCCCACACCCAGUAGUGCUAUUACUCUUGUCAAGGAUGCACAGUCAGCUCUACUGCAAGGAGGUAAUAUUCGCUUGCACAAAAUUGCGUCUAACGACCAUGAGGUCAUGGCUGCGUUUCCCAAUGAUGAUCUUGCUAAAGACAUUAAGGACCUUGACUUGCGGAAGGAUUCUCUUCCAGUUCAGGCGAGUUUGGGUGUGAAAUGGGAUCUAGGUACAGAUUCAUUCUUGUUUCGUUCUUCCCAUGACAAACAGCCAUUUACAAGAAGGGGUGUUUUGUCUAUAAUAAAUAGUAUUUAUGAUCCGUUAGGCUUCAUGGCUCCCGUUGUGAUCAAAGGGAAACUCCUCCUCAGAGACUUGAUUCAUGGAACUGUUGACUGGGAUGAACCACUUCCGGAAGAGUUAUUUUCAGAGUGGGAUCGUUGGAGAAGUUCAUUGCUCGAUCUUUAUGAUGUGCGAAUUCAUCGACCAUACUUACCUGUGUCAUAUUCUGGUUGCAGUCGGAAAGAAGUUUAUAUUUACUGCGAUGCCUCCGAGAAAGCAAUAGCCGCUGUUGCCUAUCUUAGUGAUCUUACAGACCCAACACAUAUGGGGUUCAUCCUCGGAAAGGCAAAGGUUACGCCUUUAAAAGGACAUACCGUUCCACGGCUUGAACUUUGUUUUUCGGUUCUUGCAGUUGAAAUUGCUGAAACAAUCUCUGAGCACUUAAAUAUAUCUCUGCAAGACUUCCGUUUUCAUACAGACAGCAAAAUUGUGCUUGGGUACAUAUUUAAUACAUCACGCCGUUUUCACACCUACGUUGGAAAUCGUGUCGCUAGAAUUCAUUCAGCUACGUCUCCACACCAAUGGAGGUUCAUAUCCACAAACAAGAAUCAUGCGGACGAUGGUACACGAUCAAUCGAUGCUCAUGAGAUGCAGGAUAGCGCAUGGUUAAGGGGGCCAUCACCAUCUGUUGAAACUGACAAGGAACCAGUUUCCUUUGAUUUGCUGGAUCCAGAUUCCGACAAGGAAAUUCGAACUAGUCUGAUGACAAGUGUUGCGCCAAUUCAUGGACUCGGUACAUCCCGAUUCAAACGUUUUUCACGUUGGAAAUCUGUUGUGAAUGCUAUAGCUCGAUUGAAGCUUUUUGUGCGUCUAUGGAGAAAGCGUCGAAGUCAUAGAAAUCUACAUCCAUGUGAGACUCUGUGUCUCGUAGAUAUCCGCCGUGAGGCACAUGAUCAUGUGCUCAAAGAAUUUCAGAGGGAAGUAUUCCCAGAAGAAACCAGUUGCCUCCACGCUGGCAAGGCCGUUGCAAAAACAAGUCAGAUUUCAUCUUUGGAUCCAUAUUUGGACAACGAUGGAUUCAUCAGGGUUGGUGGACGUCUAGGGAAAUCACUCCUGUCGUUUGAGUCAAAGCAUCCGAUACUUCUCCCUGGUCGGACUCAUCUGGCUGAGCUGUUGGUUAGACACUACCAUAGUGAGGUCUUACAUCAAGGCAGACUCUUUACCGAAGGUGCCAUUCGUUCCGCUGGCCUGUGGAUAACUCGAUGUAAGCGAUUGGUAUCAUCCGUGAUAUCAGCUUGUGUACCUUGUCGCAAAAUGAGGGGACGCCUUGCAUCACAAAAGAUGGCUGACUUGCCGGCAGAUCGCUUAGAACCAGGACCGCCAUUUUCGAAUGUUGGGGUAGAUGCAUUUGGGCCUUACCAUGUAGUGACACGAAAGACUCGCGGGGGCAGUGCAAAUUCUAAACGUUCGGGAGUUUUAUUCACAUGUUUGGUGACCAGAGCUAUACAUAUUGAGCUAGUCGACUCUAUGAGUUCAGCUGCGUUUAUUAACGCGCUACGAUGUUUUAUUGCUGUGCGUGGUGCAGUAAAGAUUUUUCGGUCUGACAGAGGCACCAAUUUCAUCGGGGCCUUAGAUGAUCUAGCAAUUGACCGUGUAAAUGUUGAGGAUCACUCUGUGCGGAGAUUUCUAUUAUCAUCUGAUGCUAAGUGGAUAUUCAACCCACCACAUUCUGCACAUUAUGGUGGAGCAUGGGAACGCUUGAUCGGGGUGGUGAAGAGGAUUCUUAACUCAAUGCUAUCUAACCAGCAUAAUUUGACUCAUGAUAUAUUGAACACUCUUAUGGCUGAAGUAUCAGCCAUUGUUAAUGCCCGACCUCUAACUUCAGUGUCAUCUGAUCCGGAUAGCCCCAUCAUACUAUCACCAUCAUUAUUACUCACACAGAAAUCUCAUAAGUAUGAUAUUGGAGAUACUAUUGGGUCAUUCAGUUCAAAGGACAUUCUGAAGAGUGAAUGGAAGCGCGUACAGGGUUUGGCCAAUGUUUUCUGGUCUCGCUGGAAAUGCGAAUAUUUGCACAAUCUUCAACCACGUCGAAAGUGGAAAUCUGAUGAUCCCACCGUUAGUGAAGGUGACAUAGUUCUUUUGAACGAUUCAAACUGUGCUAGGAAUCAAUGGCCUAUGUCAAUCGUGAUGAAAACAUAUCCAAGUGAGGACAAUCGCGUUCGUAAGGUUCAAGUUAAGACUGUGAAAGAUGGAAAGACAUCUGUGUACAUUAGACCAGUAACACAGAUUGUACCUCUUGUUUCUAUGUAUUGA